AUGGCAGAGGCAGAAUUUGAGCUUGGGUCUUCUAACCCAAGCAAGAAUGGGAUAGAAGGGUCUUCUAGUUUUGAAAUAUUAAAUAAAGUGGUACACCUUGAAGAUUCAAUAUGUGAAACAGUUAUUCCCAAGGCCGGCAUGACGCUUGACUCAGAAGAAGAAGUGUAUAAUUUUUAUGUUGAAUAUGCUUGGCAUGAAGGGUUUGGUAUUACCAAAAGAACAACAAAAUCCGGAGAGGAUGGAAAGUUAAAGUAUUACACACUUGCAUGUGUAAGGGGUGGCAAAAGAAGAAUAUCUUCAUCACAAAAUUCCUUCAAUCCAAGGCUAUCCACCAAAACAAACUGUGAAGCAAAAAUUAAUGUUAUUGUUGCCAAUGAUGGAAGGUAUACUAUAUCUCGGGUCCAUUUUGAGCACAAUCAUGCACUCAGUCCACAGAAAUCUAGAUUUCAAAAAUGCAAUAAAAAAAUGGAUGUGUAUGUGAAGAGAAGACUUGAACUAAAUGAUCAAGCAGGUAUAAGUUUGAGUAAAAAUUUUCAGUCUUUAGCUGUUGAAAGUGGUGGGUACGAGAAUUUGGCAUAUACAGAAAGAGAUUGUCGGAACUAUAUUGCGAAAGCAAGGCAAAUCAGGCUUGGUGUUGGGGAUGCUGAGGCGCUUGGGAUUUAUUUCUCUCGCAUGCAAAGGAGACAUUCAAAUUUUUUUUACUUGGUUGAUAUGGAUGAUAAUGGCAGAUUAAGAAAUGUGUUUUUGGCUGAUGCAAGGUCUAGAGCAGCUUAUGAAUCUUUUGAUGAUGUUAUCUCUUUUGACACAACAUACUUAACAAAUAAGUAUGAUAUGCCCUUUGCUCCUUUUGUUGGAGUAAAUCAUCAUGGGCAAACAACAUUAUUUGGAUGUGGUUUAUUGUCAAAGGAGGAUACCGAAAGCUAUAUUUGGUUGUUCAAAACUUGGUUGGAAUGCAUGUCGGGGAAGGCCCCAAAGGCGAUAAUUACAUAUCAAUGCAUGGCUAUUCAAGGUGCAAUUAGGAUGAAAUCUCAAACGAAGGGUAAUGUUCAAACUCAUAAUGAAACACAAGCAAAACUUUGUACUCAAGAAAGUGUGGUCAAUUCGAAUUCCCUCCCUCAUAUGCCAAAUAUGCAUGUUGAUAGCUCCACAAUGCAAACUAUUGGCAAUGAUUUUUCAUCCAAGGGAUGCUGA